AUGUUCCUGGUGAAGGGGCUGCUGGGGGGCGGGGGCGGUGGGGGGGGGGGGGGGGGCCUCCCGGGGGGCAUCGGCUCCGUCCUGGGGGGGCCCCUGAGCGGGGGAGGGGGCGGCGGCGCCGGGGGCCAUGGGGGUCCUGGGGGGCGGGGGACAUUGGGGCUGGGGUUCCUGGGGGGCGUCGUCAGCACCAUUGGCGAAGCCGCCGCCCACUACAACCCUGAGCCCCCCCCCCCCCGCGCCCACAUCUCCACGGUCGAUGCCAACGAGAGCGAGGAGGUUCGGCAGUUCCGGCGCCUCUUCACCCAGCUGGCCGGGGAGGACAUGGAGGUGAGCCCCACCGAGCUCAUGAACAUCCUCAACAGGGUCGUCACGCGCCAUCCCGACCUGAAGACGGACGGAUUCGGGCUGGACACGUGCCGGAGCAUGGUGGCCGUCAUGGACAGCGACACCACCGGGAAGUUGGGGUUUGAGGAGUUCAAGUACCUCUGGAACAACAUCAAGAAGUGGCAGUGUGUGUACAAACAAUUCGACACCGAUCGCUCGGGGACCAUCGGGCCCCAGGAGCUGCCCGGCGCCUUCGAGGCUGCAGGGUUCCGGCUGCCCCCCCCCCUCUGGGCGGUUUUGGGGCGUCGUUACGGGGACGAGGGGGGGAACCUGGACUUCGACAACUCAUGCGGAGCCUGCCGACGUGCCUUCAAGUCCCUGGACCGGGACGGGUCGGGGCAGAUCCGGGUCAGCCUGCAGGAGUGGCUCCAGCUCACCAUGUACUCGUGAGGGGACCCCCAGGACCUUCCAGAACCUUCCGGGACACCCCAAAAAUCCCUCUGGACACUCCAAGACCCCCCCAAAAAACCUCCUCGGACGCUCCAGGACUCCCCAAAACCUCCUUGGACCCCCCCAAACUGCACCCCCCUCCCCAAAUAAAAAC